AUGUGUCGGCGCGAGAAGAAGGGAAACUGUAGCCACAAGCGGACAACUAUUCUGGCCGACCUGGAGGCUUCCGUCAAGGCCGCCGAUCCGUACCAUCGCUCGGCAUUCCGUGCAUUGGCCGAGUCCACUGGCAUCGCGACGACAACGCUGAGGAGGCUCGUCGAGGCCAAGAAGAUUCGACGACGCACAAGCCGCGUGAAGCCCAUGCUGACGGACAAGCACAAGGCCGAGCGGUUCUUCGUGACGCAAGUCAACCGACGCUACUACCUGUUGCAAGAUGAAGAUUUCCCUGUACGCAAGUGCCAAUCGAAGCGGCACAUCACAAAGUUCAUGUUCCUGACUGCGGUUGCAAGAUCACACUUUUGCGGCAAGUGCGAAGGGAUGUUGGAUGGCAAGAUCGCCAAAGACGUGUACCGGCAAUACCAUAUUGAGCACGUGAUCCCUAACUUCCUCACGAGUCUUCAACUUCAGACCGCGGAUGAAGAACGUCACUUUGUCCAACUCGGACAUUUGCUUGAUAUCCGUGCACAAGCGCCGGAACUGCUCGACAUACAUCAUAAUGUCCUUGCAGUUUCUCUGAUGCAACUCAAAGAGCUUAUCGCGCAACCGCUCUUGUAG